AUAACGGGUCUACACGCGGGCUGACUCACCGUAUAAAUAGUAAAUUUUCGGCGAAACUGCGACGACUCGUCUCCGUGCCACACUUUGCGCCGCUGAUCGCUCCAUGCAUACAUGUCAAGUCUAAGAAGCUCAUGCAGUGCAAACACAGCGGCAUUGAGCGCGCAGCGCGCCGUCGCGACUGUGCUGCCGGCGGUCGGCGUCGGUGCCAGUAACGGCGCCGCUAGCGGCAGGAGUCGACAAGGCUCGGCCGCCUCUCUGGGCGCUCUUCAUCCACGCUUCACAGCCUCUGACACUCAUGGGAGACCCAAGAGCGGACGGCGGGACUGGCAAUCACUUGCGUGUGCCGCCGCUUGGAGCAGCGGCGGUGUGGCCUCAGCACCAGACCGCGGGGACGCGGCGAGCGUAGUACUCAAUGGCGGUCUCAGCGAACAGAACUCAACGCCUCUACUUGACGCCAUUCGCCAGCGCGGUGACUCGGUGCAGGAGGCGCCUUUCCACGUGCCAGGACACAAGCGCGGCGGUGGCACGCCGCCUCACUUUGCGUCGCUCAUGACGGCUGGCGGCAGCGGCAACGGCGACGGUGGGCUGACCCCUGCAUUCUCGCCAUUGCAAUACGACUUGACUGAAAUAGCAGGCCUUGACUACCUCUCCUCGCCCAGUGGCGUCAUUGCCGAGGCUCAGCAGCUUGCGGCGCAGGCCUUCGGCGCGGACCGCACGUGGUUUCUGGUCAACGGCUGCUCCGCCGGCAUCCACGCCGCAGUCAUGGCGGUAGCGGGGCCGGGCGCCGGCAGGGCGCGGCGCCGCCGCCAGCAAGUGCAACACCCACAAGAUAUGGACAACACAUCUGGAUCUGCAGAUGGACAGACUACGACAUCAGAUGCGGGCGGGCAGGGGGCGGAACCCGCUUCGGAGAAGCCGGGUGUGUUGCUGGUGGCGCGCAACUGCCACCUGUCGGUGUUCUCGGCACUGGUGCUGUCAGGACUGGAGCCUGUGUGGCUGGCACCGGAGCUGGACCCACGGGCCGGCGUGGCGCACUGCGUGACGCCCGGCACAGUGGCGGCGGCGCUGGCGGGCGCGGCGGCGGCGGGGCGGCGGGUCGCGGGCGUUAUGGUCGUGUCGCCCACCUACUUCGGAGCCGUGGCUGAUGUGCGAGGCAUCGCCCAGGUGUGUGCUGGGUACGAUGUGCCUCUGCUGGUGGACGAGGCGCAUGGCGGCCACUUCGCCUUCCUGCCGCCGGCCUCGCUGCCGCCGCCGCCUCCCUCCGCACUGAGCUGCGGCGCCGACAUGGUCAUGCAGUCCACACACAAGGUGCUGGGAGCCAUGACGCAGGCCGCCAUGCUGCACCUGCGCGGCGAGCGCGUGAGCGCAGCCCGCACCUCCCGCGCGCUGCAGACGCUGCAGUCCUCCUCGCCCUCCUACUUGCUGAUGGCGUCACUGGACGCGGCGAGGCAGCAGGCGGCGGCGGGCGGCGCCUUCGCGGAGCCGUGUGCGGCGGCACAGGUCAUACGGGAGGCUGUGUCGCGCUGCAGCCUGGUGCAGCUGCUGGACAACCAGACGGCACAGGGCGCAUCCAACAGCGGCAGCAGUACUGAAGUGGGCGGCAGCAGUCACGCUGGUACGAGCAGCAGCACCCUGCAUGGGCACCCCGGCAGCUCUUGCAACGCGGAGUCCAUAGCAUUCUUCGACCCGCUGCGGCUGACAUUGUUGGUCGACCGGAUCGCGGCUGUACCAGCCGCUGCAGCCGAUGGCAGUAGCAACAGCGUGCGCCGGUGCAGUGGCAGUAGCGGGUUCGCUGUGUCGGAGUGGCUGGAGGCAAGGCACGGCGUCGUGCCGGAGCUCGCAACCGCAAAGACGGUGGUGCUGGCGCUGGGUCCUGGUAGCACGCUGGCGCAUGCGAGGCAGGCGGUGGCAGCAAUUCUGGAGCUGGACCGGCUGGCUGCAGCGGCACCGCAGGACUGGGCUGGAGGCGGGGUACAGGCGGAGCCGCCACAUGCACCACUGGCGCCGGACAUGGUGCUGUCGCCGCGAGACGCCUACUUCGCGGAGACGGAAAGCGUGCCAGCUGCAGAGGCUGUGGGCCGUGCCAGUGCUGAGCUGCUAUGCCCCUACCCGCCUGGUGUGCCGGUGCUGUUCCCCGGCGAGCGAAUUACGCCGGCGGCGCUGGCGGCGCUGCAGGCCACGUUGGCGGCGGGCGGCACUGUGACUGGGGCCAGUGACAGCAGCCUGAUGCGCUUCGAGGUGCUAGUGGUUGACUAGGAAGACGAGCAAGGCGCGGGCGGGUCUUGAAGGUUUGCAGCGGGGCCCUGAUUGGCAGCAUGUCACGGUGCUGGCGCAUCUACGUGAGAGCAGGGAUGCUCCCGUGGGAUGCUCCUCACGGAUGCUCCUUAAGGAAUAACUAAUGUUGCGUACCGUAUUGUGUUAGCCUUCACGAAUGGUGCCGCUGGAUAAGAUUGCUGAAUCUGCGGCGAGACGCUGGUGCACUCACAUACGUCGCUGCAGGGCCACGCCAGCUGGUCUCGUGCGCCCCCGUGGCGGACUUCGUUCACCGUUUUGUAAUGGGCCAGGGGG